AUUGGAUCGUUCCUGGAAUUUGAGUGAUUAUGGGAUAAAUGGUUUGGAAUUAAUUUUUGAUUCAGCAACCGGUGAAUUUUUUAUUCUUUUCGAUCUAGUACCAGAAUAACUGCGAACCAUUCCAUUCAAUAUGUCGAAUAAGGCACGCAGGAGGAGAUCAUUACCAUGGAAUGAGUCAACUUGAUCUGAGAUGCAGCUUUCAGCAUGUUUUCGUUAUAUCAUAGAUAUCCAGGUUUAUUUGCGCUGUAGAGGCAGUGAUUUGGAUUAUGACGUAUUCUACAAAGUCUCCGUGCCCAUUUGAAGUAUACAUGUGCUUUGAAAGGAUUACUUUGUUGGCUCCUACCCCCACUGAGUGUUAACAACAGCUGCUGUGGGUUUAUGUAUUUCCUCGCCUUUUUGGAUAAAACAUCGCCGCAUUCUUUUUGGGUAGGAGACCAGUUGGUGGAUUAUAUAUGAUAUCCAAGUAACUUUUAUCUUUUCAUGUGGUGUUGCGGUAAGUUUCUACCUUGUUUUCUCAUAUUUCAUUCGUAUGUUGAUUAUGGUUCGCCCUUUGUAUCAGGUAGACAUAGUUUGAACGACUCUUGGUUGAAUGGGUGUUAUUGUCAUGACUGCUGCUUUUUUGUCUGGAAUUAUAAAUAGAGACAAAACAAACAACAGGUGUAGUCUCUGAGUUCAUACAUUAAAUGGGCCUAUGAUUUCUGAAACUCUUACAUGGGAAUUACCAUUGGUAUCAAUUACAAACUCACUUAGUGUGUCAUUAAGUGCCUUUUCAAAGGAGGCCAAUGUGCUUGCUAGUCGUAUUUUCUCAGGUAGUUUGUUCCAUAUUUGGGCAUACCUAAUCAAGAAAAACUUUUGCCUGGUGGCUGUUUUACAUGGUUCUAUAGCCACUGUACCUUUAGUGUGCCUAAGGUUGUAUCCUGUGUUACCUGAGGGCCGAGUAUAGUUAGCAGGGGUAUACACUAUUUGGUUAAGAAGCUUAUAGAAGAGUAACAGAUUUAGUCGCAGUCGCCUUAACCAUAAUGUUUCUAGUCCCAGGAUUUCACAUCUGGUAGAGUAGUUUGUGCCGUUAUCGGUUCCGAGUACUUUUCGCGUGAAGUACCUCUGUACUCCUUCUACUUUCAGUUUGUCUUCUAUGCGUGUACUGCUGAAUAUGAAUGAGCAGUAAUCUAGGAGUGGGCGCACACAUACCUUGUACAGUAGUAUUCUGGACUCGUUUCUGUAGAAGUUCCUGAGUAGGAAACCAAUAAGCCUUCGUGAUUUCGACACUUGAUUCGAGAUAUGCUCUGAAAAUGAUAGAUUGUGUGAAUAUUUCAGUCCUAGGUCUAGUACAGAUUUGAGUCUGGGGAUUUUGUGGCCCUGAAUUGCUAGGUUGAGGUCAAGGUUGGAACAGCCUAUGCAGAGCCAUCCACACUUUUCAACAUUAAACUCAAGUCUCCACGUGUCACACCAUCUAUCCAUUUUUGCUAAUUCUUCAUGUAUGGAGUUCAUAGUUGGGCCGAUAUCUGUAUUUGUGCAGGUAUAUGUCACCUUCAAGUCAUCUGCAUACAGUAUUGGCUUGCCUAUACUAAAACAUUCACAUAUACUGUUUAUGUAUAUAAUGAAAAGAAGGGGUCCCAAUACACUCCCCUGGAUGACACCACUGCUGAUUGGUCUAGGUCUGGAGGUCAUUGAGCCAACUUUAGUUGUCUGAUUCCUGUCAUACAGAAAUGAUUUUAUCCAAUUGUAGAGGGGGUUGCGUAUCCCUAGUGAGCAUAGCCUACCGACUAACAGACUAUGUGGGACUCUGUCGAAGGCUUUCCUUAUAUCGAAAUAGAGGAUAAUCACUAGCUCUCUCCUAUCUCUUCUAUAGGUGACUUCGUUGAAAAAGUCUAUAUGGCAAGUGACGCAAGAUCUUUUCUUGAGGAAUCCGUGUUGUGACAGGUUGAUGAGUUUAUGUUUUAGAAAGUAGUCUGACAUUUGGUCUUUGAUUACUUUCUCCAUGAUCCUUGAUAUGACUGGUGUUAUAUUGAUAGGCCUAUAAUUACAUGCACUAGUUUUGGCCCCUCCUUUAUGCUUAGGUAAUAUAUAUGUGUUUUUCCAAGUUUCAGGGUAGGUUUCGGUCACUAGUGAGAUAUUAAAUAUUCUAAGUAAUAAUACAAUCAUAUCCGUACCACCGUUUUUGUAUAUGACGGAUGGUAUAUCGUCUAUCCCACAACUACUGUUAGCUUUUAAUGUCCUUACCGCCGAUGCUAUAUUUUGUAUAUUAAAGUUUAUUUCACCUAACUUGUAGUUAUUUUUGCAGGUUAUGUCGAGAAUUGGGGACGGAUGUGCUUUGGUGUUAUUGGAGAACCACUCACUCAGGAGUUCACUAAUGAUCUGGGGAUCAUCAUAAAUUAUAUCUUCGUGUUCUAAAUGACUGAUAUUGUUUUCUUCACCCUUCUUCAACCGUUUUUGCAAGAUUUUGCAGAGUUCCUGGGUUUUAGAGGUGCCCUCUAGGGCUUUAUUUUCCUCGACUUGUGCUUUCAUUUUAUGUCUCUCCUCGAAAUUUUUAAAUAUUUCGUGUAUCAGGUGU